AUGAGAGCAACAAGGUCGACUUCAUUCAAGUCUAAGUUCACGAACACGACAAAAAAUGCUUUAAUUCUAGACGAUGAUGACGAUUUUGUUUCCCCAACUCCAAUGUUUGCAGAAACAAUAGUAAUUCCAAGUACAAGUGUGAAAAAGAAGAAACGUCAGCAGUCAUCAAGAUCAACCCCAGAGAAGAAAAAACCUCGUCCCUUAAAUGUUUUAAUAGAAGAAAGGUUACUUAUGUCGAAGAGAAAACUUGAUAAGGCAUUUGCUGCUAUAUUGGAGCACAGUUAUGGUAAAUUGCUAUCAGAGAAGAGUAACAUGGAAGUUGCAUUAAAACAUGGUUUGCAAAAAUUUCCUGAAAGUAAAGUACUGAAAAAGUGGGUAACUAAGAAAAAUGAGUUGUUUAAUGAGAACGAUUUUGUUAAGGAGAAUGAUAAUGAAAAGGAUAUUCCAUACCAUGGAAAAGAAGUUGUUGAAUAUCAAAGAGAUUUGUCACCUAUUAGAGGUGUGGUACGUAAGAGCAAGGAUAUAGAUGAAGGAUGUAGUUAUGUGGAACCACGUAUGGAAAAUGAAGUGACACAUGAUGAUCUAACAAUGACUUAG